UCGGAGCCGAGCACACCACCUUCCGUUUCUGGCAUGGACUUGACCUUCCCGUCGCUCCUUCCCCAAACUUCUUCUCCUUCUCUCUUCCCUCACUUGCUUCCAACAGCAACUGCAAUAGUCACAGGACAGGAUGAAACAGCCAAAUAGAAGAAUCAGACGAGUAUGAUUUGGAGGAGAGUGGAUACCCGAGCACGUACGACCACAAUUACCACAAUUCUGAUCAAUCAAAGAAUAUCCGCCAAAAUAUCCAUCGGACCAGCGAGUAAUUGGUCUUGGAGCAGACACCUGCGUCCUGUUGCAAGACGGCUGAGCCAGGGAUUUGCUCGCGGGCUCUGGUCUAGUCCCCGAAAUACCAUCCGGGGUCCAGUUGGUAAAAUUUUUGGUGUAUUCGGGGAUCUAGGGUGCCGCUUAUCACAUGGAGCUACGCUUUCGUGGUUCCUAUUAUUAUUAUUAUUAUUAUUAUUAUUAUUCCUCCUGUCAGAUCAGAUCUUGCAGGGCUCCGUCGGAUGGACUCCGAAGAUCGCCAUGCUCUUUGCUAUGACCCUUCCUGGAAAAUGGUCCCAAUCAAUUACGUGGCAGGCGUUUAUCGAUUAUCGCUAUCAUCAUUCACAUUGAGACUCUUGCAUGCCGUGCAAUGCCGCAGACACUCGUUAGACGCGCAAUUCCCAGUGGCCGGCCUACUUAAGGCAAGUUGAUCGACAAAUACUAAGUUUACUCUAGAAUCGACACGGUUCAAUUUUGAGAAAUUUGAUGCAUCUGACCCAGUUUGAUGGGAAGUCAAUGAGUAAUGGCCC